AUGAUCCGUACUGCCAUGAUUUGGCGACGCAGGCAUCGAAGGUUCGUUCCUAUUGCGCUAUUCAUAGCGUUCUCCCUGUUCCUACUCUACAGCUUCUCGACACGACUUUCGAGGCGCUCCGCUUCGCGAACUUCACGGGCCUAUGCAGAUCAGGCGGUCCUGAAGGAUACCGUCGCACAGAAAGUCGCUAGGCCAGAAGAGAAAGAGCUAGUAGUUGCAAGUCUGGCCGGAGAUGAUACGCGUUGGCUGGAUGAAUUCUUCGAUACAUGGAAGAAGAAUAUCUACGUUGUCAACAAUGCGUCAGCGCCACUCACCGUUGAGGUGAACAAGGGAAGAGAAGCCAUGCCUUUUCUCACUUAUAUUAUCGACCGCUACGAUGACCUCCCGGAUGUCUCAAUAUUUAUGCACAGUCUGCGCUACCAAUGGCACAACGAAGAUCCUAUGUACGACGGCGUCCCUGUCCUCAAGCGGUUGCGUCUCGAAUAUGUGCGAAAGCGCGGCUAUGUAGCUCUGCGCUGCACCUGGACUAUGGGCUGUCCAGCAGAACUCCGUCCUCUCCAACCCUCAUCCGGCAGUGACGAUCGGUCCCAAAAUGAAAGAGCAUAUGCGGCUGCUUUCCGACAUCUCUUUCCGGGCGAGCAAGUCCCUGAAGCCAUUGGCGCACACUGCUCUAGCCAGUUCGCCGUAUCACGUGAACGCAUACAGGCGCGGCCAAAGAAGCAGUACGAGCGGAUCCAUGACUGGCUAUUGGAGACGGAUUUGGACGACCAGAUCAGCGGCAGAAUUAUCGAGUAUAUGUGGCACAUCAUCUUCGGAAUGCCUGCGGUCGACUGUGAGGACGCUGGCGAGUGCUUUUGCCAGGCCUUUGGUUUGUGCAACUUGACAUGCAACCGAGAGGAGUGCGAGAAGAGAUAUAUACUGCCGAAAUAUGCGACCAUUCCACAAGGCUGGCCGGAAGUGGGACCAGGAACGGAUGGCUGGCCUGAGAGAGGCUGGGCCGAUUAG